AUGUUGUCCCGUUCUGUCUUGUUCAGACAAUCUAGACGUUGCGUUUCGCAACUUUCGCACAUUAAACCGCCAAAAGAGAUCACAAAUGAGCCUGUCAAGUCUUUUGACAGCACUGCAACGCUCGACUGGGACCUUUUGCGCGCCUCAGUGUCAAAAUUCAAUAACGCAUCCUUGGAUGUGCCUCUCGUGAUCAACGGAAAACGUAUCUUUUACAACGAGGGCAACAGAAGCUUUCACCAGCAGGUAAACCCGGCCAAACACUCCCAGGUGCUGGCCAACGUCACCCAAGCGUCUAAGGAAGACGUGGCGGCUGCCAUUGAGGCCUCCAAGACCGCAAAGGCAAAAUGGCUGAAGAUGCCGUUCUACGACCGUGCAGCGGUCUUCCUCAAGGCCGCAGACCUCAUCUCUACCAAGUAUCGCUACGAUAUGCUGGCGGCAACCAUGCUGGGCCAGGGUAAAAACGUUUUCCAAGCGGAAAUUGACUGUAUCACCGAGCUGGCCGAUUUUUUCAGAUUCAACGUCAAGUACGCUGCAGAACUGUACGCGCAGCAGCCUUGUGAGUCCAGUCCGGGCGUGUGGAACAAAGCCGAGUACAGACCCUUGGAGGGUUUCGUGUACGCUGUCACACCUUUCAACUUCACUGCCAUUGCCGGAAACUUGAUUGGCGCACCUGCCUUGAUGGGUAACACCGUGGUUUGGAAGCCAUCGCAGGCUGCCAGUUUAUCAAACUACUUGCUACUAACAGUCCUUGAGGAAGCCGGUCUGCCUCAUGGCGUAGUGAAUUUUGUCCCUGGUAACCCCGUUGAAGUGACUAGCCAGGUCUUGGCAGACAAAGAGUUUGCUGCCUUACAUUUCACUGGAUCCACCGCUGUUUUCAAGCAGUUGUAUGGACAAAUCCAACAAGGUGUGGUUACCGACCGUUACAGAGACUACCCCCGCAUUGUAGGUGAGACGGGUGGUAAAAACUUCCAUCUGAUUCACCCCAGUGCCAACCUGCCUCACGCGGUUCUCAGCACUUUGAGAGGUGCAUUUGAGUUCCAAGGCCAGAAAUGCUCCGCGACCUCAAGGGUUUACCUACCACAAUCCAAGAGCGCCGAGUUCUUGGCUGACCUUGUGGGCUCUUUGCGUUCGGUACGCACUGUCAACACAUCUGCUUCCAAGAUCAACGGCGGUGACUUACACGGCUUUAUGGGACCUGUCAUCCACGAACAAAGUUUCGACAAAUUGGCCGGUGUGAUCGACGAGGCGAAGAACGACCCGGAGCUUGAAAUCAUCGCAGGGGGCGAGUACGACAAGACCAACGGAUUUUUCAUCGAGCCCACUGUUAUCAAGACCACCAACCCUAAUCACAAGUUCUUGUCGACCGAGUUUUUCGGACCAGUGUUGACUGUGUACGAAUAUCCAGACGCCGAGUUUGCCCAGAUCUGCGAAAUCAUCGACAAAACCACCGCUUACGGACUAACCGGUUCCAUUUUCGCCCGUGACAGAGAUGUCAUCAACACGGCCGACGAACUUUUGAAAUACAGCGCCGGUAACUUUUACAUCAACGACAAGUGCACUGGUGCCGUGGUUGGCCAGCAGUGGUUUGGCGGUGCCAGAAUGAGUGGUACCGACGACAAGGCCGGUAGUGGAAACAUCUUGUCCCGGUUCGUGAGCAUUCGUAACGUGAAGGAGAAUUUCUACGAGUUGACCGACUUCAGAUACCCUUCCAACUACGAAUAG